AUGACCUGCAGGGAGAAGGGUGACACAGGUGCCAAGAAGAAGAAAAAGAAACAGAAGAAAAAGAACAAGGACAAGGCUGGAGGAAAAGAUGCCGUACAGGAUCCGCUGGCCAAAGUAAACUCUCUCCCUGCGGAUAAGUUACAGGAGAUCCAGAAGGCCAUUGAGCUGUUCUCAGUGGGACAAGGUCCAGCUAAAACCAUGGAGGAGGCCACACGUCGCAGUUAUCAGUUCUGGGACACUCAGCCUGUUCCAAAACUUGGAGAGACUGUGACAUCACAUGGCUGCAUUGAGCCGGAUAAAGAUAACAUACGAGAGGAGCCGUACAGCCUCCCACAGGGCUUCAGCUGGGACGCUCUCGAUUUGGGAAAUCCUGGAGUGCUGAAAGAGCUGUACACUCUCCUGAACGAGAACUACGUGGAGGAUGAUGACAACAUGUUUCGUUUUGAUUACUCUCCUGAAUUUCUGCUCUGGGCUCUGCGUCCUCCAGGCUGGUUGCCUCAGUGGCAUUGUGGAGUGAGAGUGAACUCUAAUCAGAAGCUAGUUGGUUUCAUCAGUGCCAUUCCAGCCAACAUCCGCAUCUAUGACAUAGAGAAGAAGAUGGUGGAGAUUAACUUUCUGUGUGUGCAUAAGAAACUUCGCUCGAAACGAGUGGCUCCGGUACUCAUCAGGGAGAUCACGAGACGGGUCAACCUGGAGGGCAUCUUUCAGGCUGUGUACACCGCAGGUGUGGUGCUGCCCAAACCAGUGGGCACCUGCAGAUACUGGCACCGGUCCUUGAACCCACGAAAGCUGAUUGAGGUGAAGUUCUCUCACCUGAGUCGGAACAUGACUAUGCAACGCACAAUGAAGCUCUACCGACUGCCAGAGGCUCCAAAGACUCCUGGCCUGAGGCCGAUGACUGUAAAGGAUGUCCCAGCGGUUCACCGCCUGCUGAAUGAGUACCUGAAUCAGUUCAACCUGGUUCCUGUCAUGAGCCCUGAGGAGGUCAAACACUGGCUGCUUCCUCAGGAGAACAUCAUUGACACCUAUAUAGUGCAGAAUUCAGAUGGGAAGGUGACUGACAUCCUGAGUUUCUACACUCUGCCAUCCACCAUUAUGAACCAUCCUGUGCAUCGCAGUCUGAAGGCAGCGUACUCUUUCUAUAACGUACACACCACCACCCCCCUCCUGGACCUGAUGGGAGACGCUCUCAUCCUCGCCAAGUCGAAAGGAUUUGAUGUCUUUAAUGCACUGGACCUAAUGGAGAACAAGACGUUUUUGGAGAAGCUCAAGUUUGGCAUUGGGGAUGGAAACCUGCAGUAUUACCUCUACAAUUGGAAAUGUCCCAGCAUGGGCUCAGAAAAGUGUUGUAAAGAGUGA